GAGGUUUUUUUCAGUAACGCGCUGAGUGUGGCUCAGAGCGAGUCGACGGCUUUUUGUUUAUAGUGUCUGGACGGAAGAAUCCGAGUUACUCACAAAGUCAUUGUGUGUGUGUGUCAGCCAACUAUUUAAAAAGUGCGUGAAUUGUCGAUAAUUACAAAUUGUAUAUCAAAAAUAAUAAUGUGAAAAGUGCCUUUUCAUACAAGUAUAUACUUAGUAUAAAGGGAAAUUGUUAAGCAUUACAAAGUUACAAAAAGUGCUGGAAUGUGGCAAGCAAAACCCGUUUAACACACACAAGCAUAACUUUAUAAACACACACACACACUCGCACUUGUAUGCAGACUGAAGCUUGGCGCUCAUAAAAAAUCCAGUAACAAUUAAAAAAGAAGUCAACAGCAGCGGCAGAGCAAUGAUUCAUAGCACCCAACGUGCCGCGAUCCAUAAAAUAAUAAUUUCAGCUGCAAUUCUUAAAAGUUAAGGCAAAUACAUGUAUUCGUUACAAAUAAACGUUAUGUAGAAAGUGCAACAACUACUACAGAACAAUAACAACAAUAACAAAUACAUUUUCAACUACAAAUAACGUCACACAUACUACCAGUAUAUAAAUAUUUUUGCAUCCUACGAAUGCCCCCCAAAGAAAUGCGUAACUUGGCGCUCUCAAUUGGCGCCACCCUACUGCCCAGCUUCUCGCUGUUUAAGGCGGCUGAUGCCAAGGACUGCCACGGCAAGGUGUGCCGGGGGGACGAAUACUGCUCUCCGUUCACGGAGAACUGUGUCGCCUGCGCCUCCAUAUGCGACGAUGCUUCCCACAACUAUCAGGCCGAUACGUGCGCCAAGGAAUGUGCAGAUUACAAGAAAUACGAGCCAUUGAAAGCCGAAAUACAAAACAUUCAGACUACACAGAAUCUGAUAUUGUUGCUGCUGAUUAUAUUGCUGGCACUGGUUGUCAUUCGUUAUUUGCUUAAAUUUGCGCGCUGGUUGCGCCACACGCGCUGCGUGCCCCAGUUGCUGAAGAAACUGCAACCGAAACAGCAACGCCAACAGCCGAACCAUGUGACGGCCAAUGGUAAGGAUCUUAAUGCCACCACCAUACAGAAUAUCAAUGCCAUUAACCGGGACAUAGAGCGAGAACCGUCCACAAUGUAUAGCGUUGCAGGCGCUGCCGAGGGUUCGGUGCUGACCAUGACAACCCCGGUUAGCACACGCUAUCCGGCCGAGAACAGCACAACACCAACAACACUGGUCACCGAGUACUCGUACGAUAAUCAGGCCAUGGUUGUGACGCCAGUUUCAGAGAAACCGACCGUCACAACGGCGGCCUUUUAAAGGCAGCCUGCUUACGGAUAUCGAUAUAUACUUGUAUUUAUUUGUGUACUUAAAGCUAUAUAUAGUGGCAUAUGAGACGCGGAAUUGGACACGCUAUGGAAACAUAUACAGACGGGCACACAUCCAUGGAAGUGCAACGAUAAUUUGGUUAAAGUGUGCAUCACAUUGAAACUAGUGAUAUUUUAUAACUUUUAUUUUUGGCAAGAAAAUGUCAUUACCUGAUAUUGAUGGCAGCAAAAAUUAGAUAUAUGUACUCUUAUAUUGUAUUUACUAUUAAAAAGAUUUAAAAGGAA